UACCCAAAGCUUCAAGUUCUAUCCUCCCCAACAUUCCAGUCUCCUUAGUAACACCAUGCUCUACACACUGUCUUGACCUCUCCCUUCCUUCACUCCAUCCGGAUGCAUCUCCCAGCUUCCUCAUGUGCCCUGAAGGAAAGGGAAAGAAGAUGUACAAAACUCUGGCACUGAGCUACAUAGUCUCAGUCUACCUAGCAAGCAGUCAAGUACCUCGUGGUUAUAGGCCUCUCAUAUGUCUUACCUGUGCCGACGUACAGCCAGAUGGUAAAUGUGCAAAUAAAUCAGGCAGUUGUAUCACCAAACAGAACGAGCUCUGCUACAACCGGAUGGUGAGCUGGAAUUAUGAAGUUCUGUUCGUGGACAGGGGCUGCACUUCCAAAUGUAGACGACUACAAGAAAACUCAAACUAUAGGAACUUUACCUUCUGCUGCGGCAGCACCCCUAAGUGCAACAAUGUCAACAUCUGGGAUGAUUCCAAGUACAGCUAAUAGAAGCUGGAGCGGUAACCUGCCCAUCCCUAAUUAAGCACUUCUUUAUAUAUGGAGAAUGUGAACUCUUUGUCCAAUAAACUCAUCUUUGAGCAGA